AUGCUGAACUGCAGUGCAACCCAGCAGAACCAUUCCUCCAACGAGACACUGCCACACAUCUCAGAGAGGCUCCACACCAUUCUCAUAGCCCUGUACAUCAUCAACCUGGCUGGCGGCACCCUUGGGAUCAUCAUGAUGUCCCAUCAGUUGUUUCAACGGCAAUCACGAUCUGUGAUAACCAUUUUCAUCAUCAGCCUCCUGGUGCUGCACACCUUUAUGCUGCUCAGCAUCCCCUUCCGCCUCAGCUAUUACAUUUUAAGGGAAUGGAAAUUUGGGAGGUUCGCCUGCAAGCUAGCAAGUAUCAUCAUCUACAUCCACAUGUAUGCCACCUUUGCGUUUUAUGUGGGCAUCAUCAUAAUACGCCUCUUCCAACUCGAGUUUAGGAGGUGCUACACUACAGCCUGGGUGGGUGCUGUUUGGCUGGUGGGAGCCCUGGUGGUCACCCCUCUUCUUCUGUCGUACUAUGGCACCUCGAAGAUGUACCAGUCCUCUGAAUGCUUUCAGUUCCACAGAGAAAUACAAGAGGCACACAUGGUGAUCAUCAACUACUGCUUGGUUGGGAUUUUGGUGACAGUUUGUGCUGUGCUCACCGUAGUGCAGUUGUUAGUGAUCUAUAGACUGGCUGUGAAAUACUGGCCUGACAUUAACUCCCAUGUGGAAUUCAGGGCUCAGGCAAAGAGUUUCUUCUUCAUCUUGGUAACAUUAGUGUGCUUUAUGCCUCAUCAUGUGUUCAGAGUGUAUUACAUCCAAAACUACCACCUGGAUAAAGAUUAUAAACUACUCUUAUACAAUGAAAUUUUUUUAGCUUUAACAACAAUGUGCUGCUUGGAUAUGUUGUGCUUCCUAACAGGAAUAGCCCACUGA